UAAAAGACUACCCUAGUGUUCCUGCACUGCUAUUCUUUCACUGGCGGUAGCCCGGUAAUAUGAACAUGGAGUCGACCGAAAAAUCUACAUCAGACCUAAUGGGUCGGUAUGUGUCCACCGAACCGGGCUACGAAGUACCAAAAGAAGGCUGGAGAAUCUGCCUAGCACACGAAUUCAAGGAGAAGAGGAAGCCAUUCCAAGCUAAAGACGUGUCGCUGUCAAACCUCGUGGAUCACAUCGGACUGGGUCUCAGGUAUCUGAAAUGGUGGUACAAGAAGACACAGGUGGAAAAGAAAGCUCCCUUCAUCGACAUGUUCCGGGCACUUCCACUACGACAAAUCUACGGUGCUCCUCUGGGAGGGAUAGGGGGAGGUACCAUCACGAGAGGCUGGCGGGGGGAGUUCUGCAGGUGGCAGCUUAACCCUGGAAUGUACCACUACAAAACUGUCAUAGCUAACCAGUUCACCGUGUGCCUACGUCGGGGAGGUCAGACCGUGUACCAGCAGGUGCUGUCUGUGGAGCGCCCCCCAGUGCUACAGGGCUGGAACUGGGGCUAUUGCGGAGAGUACGCCUUCUACCACGCCCUGUACCCCCGCGCCUGGACUGUCUACCACCUCCCGGGACAGAACGUCACCCUCACCUGCAGACAGGUGUCCCCCGUCAUCCCACACGACUAUCAGGACUCCAGCCUCCCAGUGGCAGUGUUUGUGUGGGACGUCGAGAACAGGAAUGACUACGCCCUCGACGUCUCCAUCAUGCUCACUUUGGUCAACGGGUCGGGCCACAAGGACGACAAGAGCGGGGGUCACUGGAAUGAACCAUUCCACCUGGAGAAGGAGGGGGAGGCGGUGUCCGGGGUCCUGCUGCAUCAUUGCACCGCGGUGAACCCCUACACCCUCUGCAUGGCUGCCAGAGAGCAGCCUGACAGAGAGAUCAGCCACCAGACAGCGUUCAGCCCAAAAGGAACCUGCAGCGGACUUUGGAGUGACCUCAUCACCGAUGGACGGCUUGAUUCUCCUACUGGCUCCAGUCCUCCCACCGCCAAGGGGGAGAAGGUGGCGGCCGCCCUGGCUGUGGGCUGCUCGGUGCCCGCACAGGGCCACAACGCCCUGGAGUUCAGCCUGGCGUGGGACAUGCCCACUGUCACCUUUGGCUCCCACGAGAGAAAACACGAUAGGAGGUACACCCGAUUCUUUGGCACGAAAGGGGAUGCAGCCCCCUCUCUCUGUCACCGUGCCUUGACGCGCUACAGGGACUGGGAGAGGAAGAUCGAGGCGUGGCAGAGACCCAUCCUGCAGGACAGUACCCUCCCUUCCUGGUACAAGUCGGCCCUGUUUAACGAGCUCUACUUCGUGGCGGACGGGGGCACAGUGUGGACGGAGCUGGCGGAGGACAGUGACGUCAGCGGAGGGCUACGUAGCGAGGACGGGGGCCUUCCGGCCCAGCCCGACAUCAUCAAGGAGUACGGACGCUUCGCCUACCUGGAGGGUCACGAGUACAGGAUGUACAACACAUAUGACGUGCACUUCUAUGCUUCCUUUGCACUCAUUAUGCUUUGGCCCAAACUGGCCCUGAGCCUGCAGUAUGAUAUUGCUGGCAGCGUGGUCCAGCAUGACCCAACAGAGAGGUUACACCUGAUGAGUGGGCGCUAUUCUGCCGUCAAGACAAGAAACGUUGUCCCUCACGACAUCGGAGACCCAGAUGACGAGCCGUGGGUGCGCGUCAACGCCUACCUGAUCCACGACACGGCCGACUGGAAGGACCUGAACCUGAAGUUCAUCCUGCACGUCUACAGAGACUACCAUCUCACCCAGGACUCCCAGUACCUCCAGGACAUGUGGCCCAUCUGCCAGGCAGUGAUGGAAUCAGAGAUGAAAUUUGACGAGGAUGGUGAUGGGCUGAUUGAGAACUCGGGCUAUGCAGACCAGACCUAUGAUGGUUGGACUGUUACUGGACCCAGCGCGUACUGUGGGGGCCUGUGGCUGGCUUCGGUGUGUGUCAUGUGCAAGAUGGCCAAGCUAGUGGACGACGAGGCAGCCUUCCUGCGCUACAGAGACAUCCUGGACCGGGGCAGCGCAGCCUACGACAAGCUGCUCUGGAACGGCAAGUACUAUAACUACGACAGUGGAGGCCGUGACCUGUCCAACAGUGUGAUGUCAGACCAGUGUGCCGGCCAGUGGUUCCUGAGAGCGUCAGGACUUGGAGAGGGAGAAUACCAGGCGUUUCCAAAGGAGAAGAUCCGCACAGCGCUCAAGUCUGUGUUUGAUCUGAACGUGAUGAGUUUCGCGGGAGGGCAGAUGGGCGCGGUCAACGGGAUGAGGCCUGACGGCGUGCCAGACCGCUCCAGCGUCCAAUCAGAUGAAGUCUGGGUGGGGGUGGUCUACGGACUGGCGGCCACUAUGAUCCAGGAGGGCAUGCUGGAGGAGGGCCUUCACACAGCGGAGGGGUGCUACAGGACCGUGUGGGAGAGGCUGGGCAUGGCCUUCCAGACCCCCGAGGCAUACUGUGAGAAGGGCAUCUACCGCUCGCUGGGCUACAUGAGGCCUCUUAGCAUCUGGGGCAUGCAGUUAGCACUGGAGUCCUCGAGACAGAACCGGAACAACGGGGACUGUUCCGGAACACAACCAGACGGACAGAAUCAUGACUGAUAGAACUGAGAUUGUGUGGAUUGGGAAAGUCGCAACAGUUACCAUGGUCUAAACCCUGGGCCGUUGAAACUCUAAUCUUUUGCCUCUGUGAAAGUGACCUCAUUUAAAGGUGACCUUGUUCUUCUGCAGAAUCAAUGCAGAACCUUGUCCUACAUACACACCUGCUCACACCCACACACAAACUAUUUUACAUUCUUAGGCACACUUUGCACACACAAACAUUGUCACGCUUGUGUGCGAACGACGAUCAUUUUGUCACUGUUGCAACUACAUGAGUUCUAUAUUACAUUUAGUCCUAGUUUUAAUGAGAAUGUGUUUAUUUCCAACUAUUACAGUUCAGUGAUUGUCACUGCUGCUUUUCAGGACCGUUGUGACUGAGUAUCCAGUCUACAGUGUCUGACUUGGACUACAAAAACUUGAAUAAAGUUUGUUGAUAUUAAGAGUGUCUUUACCGUUUUGUAUGUUUUGAAUGCUUUAUGAAGUGAUGUAAAAUUAAGUGUUGAAAAUGCUAAUUAUUUUUAUUUCCCUCCCCCUUUUCCCGGCAUUUUUAGUGCACCAUAGCACCUUUGCCUGUAUUAAUAGCAAAGUAGCAGCAGCAUUUAUUGUGUUUUAUAAAAUUCGAUACUGUUCAUGACAAUGGAGACAACCAAAUAUAAUGGAGACAAUAAAAUAAUUAAUUUGAA